AUGAGUGCUAUAGCCCAGCAAGAAUCUCUCGUGAAGGAGAGUUUAUUUCAGUUCAUCACGAAAAACUUUCCGACUGCGGAUUUAAACGUUAUCGACGAUAUAGUACUCGCAUACGUGAUAUCAAUUCUAGAAGAAGCUUCCCAGGACCCCUGUUUCGAUGUAGAUGGCUUCAUAGAGAUGAUGGCAGCGUACGUUCCAGAGUUUGCCCGUAUAGAUGCUGGACAAGUAUGCUCCUGGGUGUUGGAGCUGGAAGCAGAACUGUCACGGAGAGAGGAAUCGGAUUCUAUGUCUAACAACGACGACUCCGCUGGCAGCGAUAAGAUCAGUCUGACACUUCAGAGUCUCAGUGAGAUGCUGCCUUCUGUACCCACCAAGAACAACAGAUCUCAUUCCAACUCGGAAAGCUCUGAGAACGCGGACAGUGGCAGACGGGCUGUCCUAGAGACCGAUGAACAUUCAGCCCAGUGUCGUGCUCUCCACGAGAUGUUCCCUAACACUUGUGCUAUGGAGAUAAAGCAUUGCGUCUCCAUCGGAGGAGGGGAUGUGGAGCGAGCCGCGGCGACAUUGUUACUGCGCAGGGAGCAAGGACAAUCUUUAGCCCCUGCGUUACUAGCCUCGCGACCCGGCGCUCGCUGCGACGAGAGCGAGCUGAAAUCGCGGAUUAUAGCGCGAUAUUCCUACGUCGAUAAAAACUCUGAUACCAAGGAACAUAAGCCUUUGGCUCCCAAAAUUGAGCCGAAAAAGAUGGUACGUUACCGGGACAACAAGAUCGUCUCUCUGAAGGGAGAGAGGUACACCGAGGUACCAAAGUCCGGCAUCGACGAGGAACACUUAAAGAAGCCCAAAAAACAGCAUUGCCCUUAA